GUGUUUCCAAAGUGUUUGUGGCGAGCGAGUCUUCAUCAGUCUCCUAUAGUUUAGCGACUGACUCCAUCUUCUGGUGGUAUAACGACAUCACAUGCUUGUGACGAGGCUAGUUGACACUUUUUCCGCCGGUGAAUAUCUCCUAGUUUGACACAGAGCCAUUGAAAAAAGCUCUGGGUUGACAGCCAUGACCUUGUGACAAAUGCCUGAAAGAGGAACAGCACUGAAGCUACUUCACAAUUUAUAGGCAGACUCACUAUUCUUCUGAAGCAACCUUGCAUCCAUUGAUGGCUGCUGGAUCCAGAUCUCCGCACAAACCCUCAACAAUGCUUAAGAGAGAAGUCAAGCCAUACUGGAAUCUGUCUGUCAAAGUUUUAAAUGCGAAGAUCCAUCGGUCAUAUGACUACUUGUCUGAAUCUGAUUGCUAUGUCAUCCUGAACUUACCCACGGCAUCAGCCCGUACAUAUCGCACCAAGACUAUCACAAAUAGUAACAACCCUGAAUGGAAUGAAACUUUUAACUUCAGGGUCCACAGCAGCGUCAAGAACAUUCUGGAGAUCUUGAUGUAUGAUGAAGACCCAUUCAACAGAGACGACCAGUGUGCCACGAUCUUUUUUGACAUCAAUAACCUUACACCUGGGAAAAAGGAGACCAAAUGCUUUAUUAUAAAUGAUACGACUAAGGAUGAACUGUGGGUAGAGUUUGAGGUCACUAAGAGCUCUGAGACACCAAGGCCAUGUGUAUCUAAUGGAGUAUUGGUGACAAGUCCUUUUUGUGAGCUGAAUGUGGAUAUAGACACGCUUCUUAAGAAGUCUGAAGCAACACAGAACAUGGUGUUAAAACUAAAAGGAGCAUACAAAGAGGAUUUUGUGAUCUCAAAUUCUGAGGAAAGCUCCAGCUUCCUGAGAGCAUUACGUUACUACAUCAACCGAGACCUGGAAACUGAACUUAAUCUGUCUUCCGAGACUACUAUCACCCCAGCAAAUGCUGGGACAGAAGUGGAUGCCGCUAUUCCAAACCCUGUAGACACUGGAUUGACUUCUAUUCCUUUAAAACCACUACCAGCCAAACAACAGCUUACUGUCUCUUUGCCUCUAGGAGAGAAUAAAGUUGAUCUGCAACUGAAAACAGAUGAUCGCACUGAUGAACAGCUGGAUGUGCGUCUGGAUUUUGAUAUCCCAGUGGAGGAAAAGAAUUUUCUGGUGGAGAGACGAAAAGUCGUGUCACAAGCUCUGCAGAAAGCUCUGAAUCUCAGCUCUGCACCUGAGCCCAGCAAGGUCCCAGUAAUAGCUGUAGUGUGUUCUGGUGGAGGGACCAGAGCAUUAACAAGCACGUAUGGUAGCCUUAAAGGUCUCCAGGAGAUCCAACUUCUUGAUGCAGUUAGCUACAUUACUGGGGUUUCAGGUGCCACUUGGGCCUUAUCCUCUCUUUAUGAAGAGCCUAACUGGUCAAAGGGGGGCCUUGAUAAGUCUAUGGAGUCUGUAAAGAAAGAAAUCUCUAAAAAGAUGCUCAGUAUGUUUUCCCUGAAGCAGCUAGAGGAAUACAAAAAGAAGGUGGAAGAGCGUGAGAAAGAAGGACACCUUGUGUCUCUCAUUGAUAUGUGGGGUCUGGCUUUAGAGUAUCUUUUCCAAGGCAAGAAACACAUGGGUACACUAUCUGAACUGCAGAAGACAGUGUCCGAUGGCCAGAACCCUCUACCCAUCUUCACAGCUGUCAACCUGAAGAAUGGUAAAACAGAAAGUAUAGUAGAUGCAGAAUGGUGUGAGUUCACCCCAUAUGAGGUUGGAUUUCCUAAAUACGGUGCCUUUGUACCUGCACAGAACUUCGGGAGUGAAUAUUACCUUGGUCACAUGGUCAAGAAACUCCCUGAGACUAGGUUGUCCUUUCUUGUCGGAAUGUGGAGCAGCAUUUUCUCUGUAAAUCUGACGGAGAUCUGGCAUCUUGCCACAGGAGUCGCCCCCUCCUGGACCCCUUGGUUUGGAGGAGGAGUGAGUAACACAGAGACUCAUAGUAAACCAGCAGCACUUGGCACAUACCUGAUCGGCCCCGUAACUGACUUUGCAAAAAUGCUGUGUGGCUUUAUGACCAGCCGUCCCAUUGUCAGCCAGAUGUACAACUUCCUGAGAGGCUUCAACCUGCACAGGAACUACAAUGAAAACACAGGCUUCAUUGCAUGGAAAGACACACACCCAGAUGCCUUUCCUAACACCCUGACUCCAACUGAUCAUGUGCUGGGUUUAGUAGAUGCUGGAUUUGCCUUAAAUGCAGGAUUCCCUCCUGUGGUUCGCUCUCACAGACAUGUGGACGUUAUUCUGUCUCUAAACUACUCCUGGGAACAGGAACAGUUUAAGGUCAUUAAGCAAUCUCAGGAGUACUGCACUGAUCGCAAGAUUCCAUUUCCGAAGAUCGAUUACAAAAAAGUGGAGUCUGAGCCACUGAAGGAAGUUUAUGUGUUUGAAGAUAAAGACAAUCCAGAAGCUCCCAUAGUGCUUCACUUUCCCAUGGUCAACGUCUCAUUCAAGCAGUUCAAAGCUCCAGGAGUGAAGAGAGAAGGCGAGAAGGAGCUGAAGGAGGGAGCGGUUGAUGUUGAAUUUAACAGUACCUCCUCACCAUAUCUCACUCAAAACCUGACUUACACGCCGGAGGACUUCCAGAAGCUUAUAAACCUCACUUCCUACAACAUCCAAAACAACAAAGACAUCAUUUUAAAUGCGCUAAACAAAGCACUACACCGAAACAGAGAAAGGCAGACAGGUGAUGAAAGCUGCAGCAAAAAGAAGAAGAAGAAGAAGAAGAAGAAGAAGAAUGGCGGUAGGAAAGACCAGUUCAGCGUCUAAACCGAAUCCAGGAUCACAUAAAACAAAAGACUGAGGCGCGGUGAUCUGCAGCUCUGUUAAUGUGUAGUUUCCAGAUCAAAAAGUCUCUUUUCUGCAUCCCUAAUUAAAGCCUUUUUUUUUUUUUUUUUUAUGUUUGUGCAGUAAAGUCUUAUCGUUUGUCAGUCAUAUUAUUAAAUAAAAAAUUGUUUGCGAUAAAAUACUUAAAUAUUAAAUAGCUUAAAGCAUGAUUUUUAUUAAACCCUUGACUUAAAACUGCGUCUUUGUUUCUGUCUAUUUAACUAGUCAUUUCAGCUUGAUUUUCCUGGUCAGUAAAUAAAUUCAAAAGGGUUGAAAAAGUGCAGUAACUUUUCUCAGUUUUUAGAUUUUUUUAUUUAAAAAAUGAAGGCAUUAUUUUCAACAACAAAAACUGUUUUGGUAGGUUAAGGCCACUAAUUUGGCAGCCAAAUGAACCUAAUUUAUUAAUUAAAAGAUUUUAUUUUAUGUAUUUUAUUUUUUUAUUGACAUUAUUUUAGAUAUUAGCCUUCUGUCUAAACACAUGCCAGCCAACCCAGCAAUAUAUAGUGUAAAAAAUGGUUAAUUUCUGAUUGGCUAAUUACAGAACUGACAGGACACUCAGGAUUUGAACAAUAUCAGGUAGUGAAGAUAUUUUAUGGGUGGAAUUCCAAACACAAGAUAUGUGGCAGUUUCUUUUGGCCAGUAUGACUCAUUUAGUUGGACAGACUGAAGUUUAUGCCCUUUCUUGCUGCGAUUCUCUAUUGUUUCUCUGUUGAGUGUUGUUGGGGUGUGCCAUAUUUAUGCACAAUGUACGUCUAUGACAUCACUAAAUAGUUUCAAUAUAUGACUGAUAAUAACCAUCCUAGUGUCUACCCUAGAUUAACAACAUGCUUUGAGGGCAUGAUCCAACUGUAAAAAGCAAAAAACAAAAAACACCCAUCUACUCUGAUGUGAUUAUAGACAUGUGUAUUUAUGUAUGAUUAAAAUACAUAAACAUUCUGUCAUCAAGAAAA